GAAUGAACAAAUAAUAUUUUGAUUUUGAUUGAGUUUUUAAUAGUCGACGAGGUUUGGAACUUGAAACAUAUAAAAAAUGAUAAAACGAUUUUUUCUUACAAAAGAUGUUACUUUAAAUUCAUCUCGCUCUCUUUCUCCUAAUAAGAAUGUUUUGAAAAGCUGCAUGAGAUAUCUUUUAUAUAAACCAAGAUCUUGUUUUUUUCAUAAUAAUAUUAUACAAAGUCGUAUAUCUUUUAAUCAUAUAAAUACUCCAGAGAAUAAUCCUGAUAUCCCAUUCGAAUUUACUCCAGAGAAUUUGAAGCGUUCCAAGGAAAUAAUUAAUAGAUAUCCUAGUGAAUGGAAAAAAGCUGCUGUUAUGCCGCUUCUUGAUUUAGGACAACGUCAAUUAGGCUAUACUAGUAUUAGUAUUAUGGAUUAUGUUGCGAAGCUUUUAAAUAUUCCAAAAAUGCGUGUUUACGAAAUAGCAACCUUUUAUACAAUGUAUAAUCGUCAACCCGUAGGAACUUUAGUGCAGGUUUGUACAACAACACCAUGUCAGCUUUGCGGAUCAGAUCAAAUUCUAAAAGCUGUACAAGAUUAUUUAGGAGUUUCACCUGGCGGUACUACAUCUGACGGCAAAUUUACACUUAUGGAAAUGGAAUGUGCAGGGGCAUGUGUUAAUGCUCCUCUUUUUACUGUCGGCGAUAAUUAUUAUGAAGAUCUUGAUCCUAAUACUUGUAUUGAGAUUCUAAAAAUGAUAAGAGCGGGUAAAUUCCCAAAACAUGGUCCACAAUCUGGUCGUAAAAGUUGUGAGCCUAAAUCGGGGCUUACAUCUCUUACUGAUGAACCAUGGACUUCUUCUACUGUGCUUCGGAAAGAUGGUGCUUUAUAAUGAAAUGUUUGGUUGUGUUUUAAUGUUUUUGUAUUUUUUAUAAUAAUAUAUUUUAAUUUUUUUGC